AUGUCGAUCAAGAAGGGAUGGGGAGUCAAGCCGGCUAAGCCGAGGACAUCCACUGAAGGUUCAAGCGGUAGCGACAGUGAUGGCCGCGACAGUGAUAGCGAAUCCGGAGACGGUGAAGACGACAAGGCCGCGAUGCUAGCUGCUCUCGAGGCUCACUCGCGAAGUUUGCUCGGCCUUCCCUCGACCUCGGCGGAGGCGUCCGGCUCGGGGUCUGGAUCAGCCUCGGACGACGACAAUGACGAGGAAGGAGACAUCGACGAGGAAGACUAUGACGAUGAGUUCGACGACGGAUGGGGGGCAGACGACGCCUUUGUGACUGAUUCCGAGGACGAGUUUGCUGCUCCGGCGAAGAAGGCGAAGAAGUCCAAGUCCACUGCGACAACCACCGCCUCCACCUCCACGGAGCCGGCAGCGCCCAAGGUGGUGGAAGUCGUCUUUGCGCCAACGACGGGCGGCCGAACAGAAAUCUCGCGCGCGGACAAGAAGGCGUUCCUGAAGGGCAACUCUGCUAAGAUUAUGGGCGGGAUUGCGACGGCCGCGCCGCCGGGCAAGCGGACAAGGGACGAGGAGGAGGAUGCGUCGAACCAGCGCCUCGACCAAGAACUGCACAGCAUGCUGCUGCAGAACCUCCUUCCUUCUGCGGCAGAGAUGAACCGACCCGUCGACAAGCGGAACGCGAUAAGCGGGCGGUUGCGUGAGCUCGCCGACGACUCUGCGGCAGGCGAGGGCGCCGCGGAUCUGAAGGCGUCGUCGCGCCUCAAGUCGCACCCGGCCAAGGUGCGCACAGGCCUGAUGCACGCGGCGCAACGACGAGCAGAGGCCGCGCGCGCCGAGUCCGAAGCCGCCGGCUCCUGGGUCAAGGGCAAGGGAGGGCUCGGCGACCUCGGGCGGAAAGGUGCGGGCAAGCGGCCCAACAUGCAGGUCUCGGAGGAGCGGACGUUUGGCGACACGAAGAAGAAGCGCGGCAUGGCUGGCACAGGCGGCAAGAAGGUGCGUGCCAAGGGUCUGGGCAUGGGCGUGGGACGGUUUGAGGGCGGUGCCCUCAAGAUUAGCGAGCGCGAGAUCGAGCGCGUCAACGGCAUGAACAAGCGGAAGCGGGCCAAGGGCCCCGGCAAGAUGAAGGGAUGGACGAGCUUCCUCGCUUUAGAACCUCUCCGCGCCGUCGAAUCAGUGACUUUAGAUACGGGAAGACUCAAGAAGAUCCAAGGAAGUUGA